UCCGCACCCAAGCCGAAUCUUACGCCUCUGACGUCUCUUCCUCCUCCCCCCCUCCGCUCCCCCCUUGCCUUUUGCAGCUCUGCUUGCUCGCGUCGUGCUGCAAUUGAGAUCGACUCGUCGGUGGCCGACCCCUCGGCGGCGAGCACCGGGGUUAGGGUUUAGGGGCCUGGAUCCAUGGCUCGGCCCAUGGGAUCCAGCGGCUUCGAGGCUGCCCUAGCCGUGUGCCCCGCCGCCGCCCAGGCCUACUCCAAGUACUGCGGUAUUGUAUCCGGAUGCACAAAUGCGAACCCAAGGGAAGGGUUGGCGGAUCUUUCACGAACUAUAGAUAAUAUGGAAGGAAUGAGGGAUGGAAUAUUUGGUGAUAUUCACAAGCUCAUGUCAGUUCUUGAGUUCGAUGAUGUGAGCCAAUUCAAUUCCUUCUAUGAUUUUGUCUUCUUCAUUUCUCGUGAAAAUGGCCAAAAGAAUAUUACUGUUCAGAAGGCUCUUGCAGCAUGGAGGAUAGUUCUUGUUGGAAGGUUCCGAUUGCUUGACCGGUGGUGUAACUUUGUUGAGAAGUACCAACGUCACAACAUUUCUGAGGACGCCUGGCAGCAGCUACUAGCUUUCAGCAGGUGUGUAAACGAGGAUCUGGAAGGUUAUGAUCCAAAAGGUGCUUGGCCUGUCAUAAUUGAUGAUUUUGUGGAGCACAUGCACAGAAUCUACCGCCCUAGUGACUGCUCCAGUGCAAUGGAAUCACAAUGCAGCAUUUCCAAUACAUUUAGAGGUCUAAAUCUAUUACCUGGAUCAAAGAGGAAAUGCCCUACUCAGUUUAACUCCAGUGAAGAGAGCGUAGAGCUCUCAGAAGCUCUCAGACACUCUGUCCAACUUACCCCGUCGAAGCGACUUAAGGAAAGUUCCGCGCCUACUAGAUAUGGGGUUUGGGAGCGAGACGCAGGUACCCCUUUCUUUAACAGCACACCAGAUUGUCGUGAGGACAUGAAUUUACACAACUCAAGAGGCUGCCUUCAGAACUCACCUCGUGUUAUUGAGGAUGGUUUUUCAAAAGGGUUUGAAGGUUGCAUUUCAAUGAAAUGCUCAUUUUAGUGCAAUGAGGAAUGCAUGGCAUCAUCAUUUAUGACUGCCCGUUACUCCAUAUAUUUCUGUUUUGCGUCAACACCAUUUUGUAUUUGUACUUAAAGUCAGUUUCCUGGUGGUGAUAUUAUCUUGUACACAAACAGUGAUGUUAUACAUGUCUGUUAUCGCAGAGAAAACGGCUUGUGAUUGUUC